AUGAAUUUUAAUAUCUAUUAUUGUACCAAAGAAAGUGGAAAACCAAAACAAGAAGUGAUUUCUCCAGGUCAAAAUUGCAUUUCAGUCUUUCCUGGGUCGUUAAGCCAUAAAUCUGCUGCGGAUAUAAGCUAUGGCAAUAUUUCCGAAGUUAAUCAAAAAAGUGGCGAUGUUCCGAUGUUUGGCACAGUAGUUGAACUGGAGAAACAAUCAUUCACUUCAGAUUCGCGAGUCAACAAUAAUCUAGCAAGAAAUAACGGUACAGCUGACAAAAAUUCAGUCAUUCCCGGUGCCGAUCCAGGUUGA